UGUUUCAUUUCCGCUGACUCCAGUGGGCCUGCGCAGGGCCGGCACCGCGCCUGCGCCGCGCAGCCUAGCCCGGAAGCUGAGUGAGGAGCGCGAACUACCCCGAAGAUGAACCCUUUGACUAAGGUGAAGCUGAUCAACGAGCUGAAUGAGCGAGAGGUCCAGCUUGGGGUGGCCGAGAAGGUAUCCUGGCAUUCAGAGUACAAGGACAGCGCCUGGAUCUUUCUGGGAGGGCUUCCUUAUGAACUGACUGAAGGGGACGUCAUCUGUGUCUUCUCACAGUAUGGGGAGGUUGUUAAUAUUAAUCUUGUGCGAGACAAGAAGACCGGGAAAUCCAAAGGAUUCUGUUUCCUCUGCUAUGAAGACCAGAGGAGCACAAUUCUGGCUGUUGACAAUUUUAAUGGAAUUAAGAUCAAAGGGAGAACUAUCCGCGUGGAUCAUGUGUCUAACUAUCGGGCUCCUAAGGAGUCAGAUGAAAUGGAUGAUGUGACCAGACAGCUCCAGGAGAAGGGCUGUGGGGCUAACACCCCCCCUCCGAGUUCAUCUGAAGGCUCUGAAGAUGACAGACCUACAAAAAGUCACAGAAAAGAUAAAAAAGAAAAAAAGAAAAAAAAGAAAGACAAAGAGAAGACUGACCAGGAGGUACAGGCAGAGCAGCCAUCUUCUUCUUCACCUCCCAGAAGCAAGAUGGUAAAGGAAAAGGAUGACCCUGGUCCGAAGAAGCACAGCAGCAAGAAAUUGGAGAGGGUUCAGAAGCCCGAGUCCAGAGAGGGGAGGAAGCACUACCCAGGUUCCCCUGAGGUCAGGUCCUCAUGCCGUGGUGGAGGAGAGGACCCAGAGAAGGAUCCAAAGGAGAAACUCAAGUAUGAGCACAAGCCCUCAAGCAGGAAGGAAGUGAGAGAAGACAAGAACAAGGAUCGAGACAGAGGGCGCAGCUCAGAUACACAUUCUAGCCGGCACAGUGGGCAUUCUGAAGGGCGGAGUCAUAGAAGUAGAAGUAGGAGCCGAGAUAAAUCCUAUAGGCAUAAAAAGGCCCGUCACUCCCAGGAGUGGGAGUCCUUUAAUCCUAGUGACCACAGGCGUCACUGAAAUCUUCUCUGUCUGCCCAGUUGAUUUAAAAAUAAACUGUGUUUUAAAAAUGUAAUGAAAUUUGCGCCAGGGAUUUAGCUCAGUGGCACCGGGCCUGCCUUGCAAGCACAAGGUCCUGAGUUUGAUCCCCAGUACUGAAAAAAAAAAAAGUAAUGAAAUUCAAUUCUGCUGUUAAUAUUUCUGUAUAUAAAAUCUCUGGGAAUGAGUUCUUUUAA